UAAAAAUUAUUUUUGAAACUAUUUUGUAAAAAAAAAAUUAAUUUUUUAAGUUUUCAUUUAUAUAUUUAUUAGAACCCUAAACUUCACAUUCCAAAAACCCUACUGCACCCAUCAACUUUGAACCUUAAUUCUAUAUUAAUAAACACUAAAGUUAUAAAUGUAUUUUUCUAUCUUUAAAAGUGAGGGUAAAAGUAGUUAAAAUAAACAUGAAAAAUAGUACUAUGAAUGUGAUAUUCUGGCACUCUAAAAUUUAAUAUUUAUUAAUAGUAUAUCGAUAACUUUAAUCAAUAAAAAAAAUUUAUGUUAUAAUUUAAUUUCUUUUUUCUUUGUUAUAUUUUAAAUUAAAAAUUUGUGAUGGAAAAUAUUUUUUUUGGAUAAUAACACAAUACAUAAUAUUUUCAAGAAAAUAACUAUCAAAAUCACUAAAUAUUUUUUCUAUUAUUUAGAAUUCAGUUUCUUUUUUACUUAAUUCAAUGUUUUAACCCUAAGAUUAUUUAAAAAAAUCUUCAGCAGCUCGUUCAAGAUUUCCCCAGAUAUUUAUAGCCGUCGUUUGUCGUCCACAUGGAUGCGGAGUUCUCUGUUUGGAAAGUCUUCCAAGAGUCUGUUUAUGUCGAUGACAAAAAAAAAUCUUAAACUUCUUAUUCUUUCUACUCCUUUGUAACAAACUCAAAUGAAAAACUUAAAAUUGGAAAGGCACGAAUUCAAAAACCAAGUUUGUAUUACUAAUUUUAACAAUUAGGUGCUUUUCCGCAUAUGCGGCUAUAAUCUUCUUACGAAUGUUUAUAUUUUAUUAAUUUAAAUAUUCUUGAAAAAAUUAAAUCAAACAUCGAGUUAUUUAUAUAUGAAAAAGUUUUUUUUUAUAAAAAUAUAUAUGCCUCUGUUGACCAGCAAGUUUGUUUUCUUCUGACCAGCAAAAGUAUAUGUAUAAAAUUUGGAGUCAAUAUUCAAAGCUGAGACCGAAUGUAUAAAUCAAUUUAAAUCGAGGAUCUAUAAAUAACUAUAGGAAAACAGAUUAUCUAAAACACCACUUUCAGUAAGUUCUUCUCUCUUUUCAACACAAAAAUGUCUGAACAUGAAGGAAAAGAUGUGAAGAAAGUCACUGAAGGGCAAUGGACCACCGGUUUAUACGAUUGCUUCUCCGAAGAUAUCCCUACAUGUUGCUUUACAUGGUUUUGUCCUUGCGUUGCAUUUGGGAGGAUCGCUGAGAUUCUUGACAAAGGCGAAACAGGCCAAGGAUUAGCUGGAUUAAUGGUGGUGGCAAUGUCUCACAUUGGAUGUGGAUGGUACUAUGCUUCAACAUACAGAGCCAAAUUGAGGCGCCAAUACUCCUUGCCCGAGGAGCCUUGCUCCGAUGGCGCCAUCCACUUCUUCUGCUGUUCGUGUGCUCUUUCUCAAGAACACCGCGAACUCAAAUAUCGAGGUCUUGAUCCCUCUCUAGGGUGGGAAGGAAACAUUGAGAAAGGAACAUCGAACACUACUACGCCACCGUUUGUAACGUCAAGCAUGGACCGCUGAAGAAAUGAACGUCACAAAUUAAUGCAAGUAAUGAAACUAGCGUCGUAAAUAAAUAAAAAAUGGUUAUAUAUAAUUUGAUGUUGCAAAUACAAUAUUUAUUUUAAUGAUCAUUUUGUGUGAUAUCGUCUAUGUGAUUUGCAAGCCUGUUUGGCUGUUUCAAAGUACUGUAUAUGUUGGCAUCCCGACGCGGGUAAGAUGGUGCUUUGAUACUUGUUUUUUUAAGGCAUCCACCGAGAAAAAAAUUGUGGUAACUUCUGUUUCCUCUUUUCCAAUAUUGAAAGAAUUUCUAUUUCAUUAUGAAAAAUUUUAUUCCCUCUGUUUUUUUAAUAAAUGUCAUUUUGACAUUUUCCACAUGGAUUAAAAAAUGAAUAAAAUAUAUUAAAAUUGUUAUUAAUUACAUAUAUUUGAUCAAUAGUAUUUAAGAUAAAUAAAAUGAUUUAUAAAAUAAAUAUAGUGUGCAAUUAAUUUUCAGAUGUAAAUAAAUAUAUUUUGCAUUGGAAUUCUAAAAUGAUUUUUUUUUGUAACAAGAAAAAAAUAUUAGAAUGACACUUAUUAUGAAACAUAAUGAAUAUAUUUUACAAAACUAAUCAACUAAUUAAGUUGAUUGAAAGUGAUAGAGAUAAUUGGCCACUAACUUCGAAAAGAGAUGAAAAUGUUUUCAAACCAAAAACCGCUGGCAAAGUUGAUUACGUUAGCCUUUAUAUCUACGAAAAUUUGCCAUGAUUUUUUUUUGAGAAAGGCUCUUAUAUUACUCAAAUUUGAGGUGUCUAAAGUAAUUUGACCAGAAUAAAACAAACAAUAAAAUAGAUAAUUCUAUGAAAAACUUUGUAGUUCUAGAUAAAGAAUCAGAAAUUUCAUUUUGCGGUCGCGAUAUAUAAGAUAUUUUGAAGGCUGGAAAGCAUAGCUGGAGAUUCUAAAUUGCAUUCAAUUAUGUUGUAAAACUUGGCCAUGCAUGAGACUUCUUUAUCAUUGCGAUAAAAUCCUUGUUGUCCGUUCCAAAGCUCUAACAUAUCGAAUGCUGGAUCAUGCUUUCAAUAGUCCAUCACAGUGCUUCUAAUUAUGUAUGCAAAACAGUUUCUCGACGUCUUAAGUUUUGCUAGCGUUCAACUUUUAUAGGGAGCUUCGUUCCUUGGUGUCCUGAUUUGUAACUUCUAGUGGCAACACAAGCGGGAAGACCAUUAAUAGUAAAAAAACUAAAUCUCAAAUAACUGGACUAAGUCUCCAUUCACUUUUGUUCUCUUUAUUGCAUAAUAACGUAUGAAGUCUAUGUGGUUACCGAAAUGUAGGAACCUCACUUCUGUGGUUGUUUCUUUUACAUUUUGGAUAUUUGUUCCAACUAAACUUCCAUCGUUCUAUAGAAACCAAGAAUUAAAGCAGAAACUGAAAAUUUUGCCUAUUGAAACAGGUGUUUUCAGUUUUAUAAGGUUAUGAUGUUGAAGUUCAAUGUUAAAACAUGGUGCAUCUGUGCAUUUCCAAGUAACUUCCCAUAAAUUUAUUUCACGGAAUGAUCGAAUUAUGAGAGCGAGUGAUCGGUGCAUCAUCGCAAACACUAUCAUUCAGUGUAUUCACAUGUAAUAUUGAAUGUAAAAUAUUAUCUUAUGCUUGAAAGGCAUAAAAUGGCAUAUAUGAAUUGUGGAGGAUUUCUAACUAAGUUAAAGACUUUUGGAUGAUUUUAGAAAGAGCGAACCCAUACUAAGCCAUGAACGCAGGCCAGGUCGAGCCAAAAUGAACACGGGUCUUAUAUUUAUUUUCGGUAUCUUAUCAAUCGAUCUAUACUGAAUUCAAGAAACAUUUACAUAUAGAGACACUUUUCAGAACUUGUUACAUUUAAAGGCACUUUAUCCAUGCAACACACUUUAACUCUUGUAACAUUACUCUAUAGUCUUUCAACAUCUUCAACUACACUAACCACUUUUACUUCCAUCUCUCUUGGUGUUUUUUCUCAUCGCCUUUUCAAAUUUCUUCCUUUCCUUAAAAAUAAUUUUUUUUCACUUUAAUUAUUCUUCAGUUAUCUUUUCAUUUAUAAAUAUUUAUAUGUGUCAACAUAGACAAUAUUUUAUCAUACUAUUCACCAAUAGUUUCUCCACCAAGAACAUGUACACCCGACAUAUAUUCAUAAAUACACAUCAAUCUCGCAACUGUUAACUCAACCUUUAUGCCAUAAGCACAGUCACCAAAAGAAUAUCCACCAAACACACAUCGGUCUUGUAACUCUUCAUCCUUCUCAUGUCUGUUUACAGAAGAGAUUUGGAAAGGCCCCAUUCACAGUUACUGGGCACUAGCUAUCCGAAAGACUGGAGCCGCAUCCUAGAGUUGAUCGUUGGAUUCUCUUUGGUUAAAUUUCACGCUUCUUACCAUGUCAUGUGUUUCAAAUCUCAAUAUAUUAUGUCUGCUGGGAGAGACAUAGAAGGCGACUGGUGAGACAAACAUGGGGCCAAUGCUACCUCAACAAUGCAUUGGUAAAUAACUUUGCAAUCGAAUUUCAUUUCUGGGGGGAAGUAGGUCGCAAACAACAUGGAAGGGCCAUGGUGAUGUGGUUCGCUGAGAAAAAAAGUAAUAAAAGGAACAAGUGAAGCUCUGUUUCUAUCAAUAUGCUAUGUUUUUAGCCCAAGUUACAAAAGAAAAAUGCUAUGUUUUUUCAACUCUCAAUACUUUGGAUAGAACUGAAUUUUUGUUUCAACUUUAAACCAAAGCGGCAGUUAUUAUAAAAGUAUUUUUGAAGUGAGUAAAUUUUUACUUUCACUAAAAAGUUAAAAGUAGGAUUAUUUAACUUUUAUUUUAGCUGACAAUCUUCAAAAUUUACUUGUUUAUUUUGGACUUCUAAUACUUUUAUACGAUGGAAAAAGUCUAUUUCACCAUGAACUUUACGUAUCAUGCAUUUUUCUUCAAAGACUUUGUAAUAGUGCAUAUUUCAUAAUGAAAUAAAUAAUUUUUUUAAACUAUUUAAAUUCUCAAAAUUGUGCUUAUAUAUAUACAUUGGAUGUCAAAUGUUAAUCAACCGUUCAUUUAUCAAAGCAACAUCGUUUUAGAUAACUUCUAUAAAAUUAAAAAAAUUAUCACUUAUGUGACUCAAACUAGUGCACUGAAACACAAGUAAGAAACAUCUUAACCGUUGUACCAAAAUAACUUUCUUGUAUUAAUGAUGUAAAGUGGCAUUAAGAUAAAUAUACGUUUUUAUCAAAUAAAUGUAAUCAAACUUUUUGUUUUAGUUUGACCAAAUAAAUCUGGAAUUAUUUCUUAUUUAAAUUUAUGAAUCCUUUUUAUAAAUUUAAAUUAAUUAUUAUAAUUUAUAUAUUUAUUUAAAAUUACGUCAUUAUGAUAAAUUAUUGGCUGGCUAAUAACAUUUUCGACGGUCAAUAUAUACAAGUAAGAUUUUAAGAGUUCACCUAACUUCUUUUUGAAUUUUUAUUUAGUUUAUUAUAAAAUAUG